AUGUCCUCCGUUGAUCCAAGUGUUUCAAUUACGAGCUUUUUGGACUGCGUGAAGUUUGGCCCUAUUGAGAGUGCAAGAAUUGCUGAGGAUUACCCAGACCCAGGCGUUAAUUCGAUUGCUCUUACUUUUCUAAAGGUUGAAACGUGUUUGCAUUUCUACAAUAACCUCUUGACGUAUUUUGCCAAGUUCAAAGAUUCUAUCCACUCUCCAGAUUUGACAAUCAAUUUCGCCAAUUGCAAGAAGCUAUUACCGUUCAUUGCAAAUGCAAUUAACAACGAUGGUGCAACAAGAAACGUUUACAUUGGUAAUUUGACCCAGUUAAACAGGCAUAUAUCCACGGAGUUUUUAUCAAGUGAGCUCACCAAGUUUGGAAUCAUUGACAAGAUUGACUUGAUUGAUAAGGGUACUGGAGAAGAAAAGGAGGUGUUCGCAUUUGUGCAUUUCACAAACGUUGCAUCAGCUAUAAAAGCUGUUGAGCAGCUCUCUUUCAGCUCUGAAUGGGAAAAUUGCAAGAUUUUCUAUGGACCUGAUAGAUGUUCUGUGGAAAAUGAUAACAUUGUUAACGCCUUGAACCAAAAGUCUGUCACUGCUGCUGCAGUUGCAUCAACAUCUGGAGGCCUUGAGAACAUUGGAAACAGAACGAUUUGUAUCUCAAAUCUAGACCCAUCAACAAAGGUUGAGGACAUCUGUAAUACAGUACGUGGUGGUUUACUUCAAGUGAUACGGUUCCUUCCGGAGAGAAAGAUGUGUUUUAUGACAUUUGUGGAAGCAGAGGCUGCAGCGCAGUUCUUUGCCAACGCAAACAUACACCCAAUAAUUCUUCAUUCCAGAAGAUUGAAAAUCGGGUGGGGUCAUCAUUCUGGUCAACUACCCAACUCCAUACAAUUGGAGGUGUCUGCAGGUGCUUCGAGAAAUGUCUACAUUGGUCAAUCUACUGAAUCGGCUGAUGCUGAGAACGAUGAGGUACUUCCUGAUGAAGCAAUAAUACGUAAGGAUUUUUCAAGUUUUGGAGAAGUUGAGCAGAUCAACUUUAUUAAGGAUAACAAGGCUGUUUUUGUGAAUUUUUUGAAUAUUUCUCAUGCCAUAAAGGUUGUUAAAGAUGCAAAUGGUGAUUUCGAGAACGACUUCCACGAGUAUUUUGAGAACAGGUACCGUGGGUUUAAGAUCAACUUUGGUAAAGAUCGUUGUGGAAAUCCUCCAAAGGCCCGC